AUGAUUAACUUUUGGACGUCAGUCUUUCCGCUGCCUAAGAAGUGUUUAGACGCAUUGGAAAAGAUGUGUUCUGGUUAUCUGUGGAAGAGCAUUCCCUCCUCUGCUCGUGGUGCAAAAGUCUCUUGGUCAUCUGUUUGCACUCCGAAAAAAUGUGGAGGCUUGGGUUUAAAAAGACUUAAAGCUUGGAAUCAAGUUUUUACACUCAAGUUGAUCUGGCUAUUAUUCACUAAAAGCGGGUCUCUAUGGGUAUCUUGGGUGCAUAAGGUACUAAUAAAAGGGCGCUUGUUUUGGGACAUAUCACCUCAAUCUGCUGGAAGUUGGUUAUGGAGGAGAAUUCUCAAAAUAAGAGCCCUGGCGAGACCUCUACUCUUCACCGUCCUUGGAUCCGGAUUACAAGCUUUGUUCUGGCAUGAUGAUUGGACCAAUUUGGGGCCUCUCAUUGAUAUUACAGGUCCUGCUGGUCCUAUGGUAACUGGUGUUUCAAACAUGGCUGUUGUUGCUCAAGUUGUUCAUAAUGGAGUGUGGGUAGUACCUCAAGGAAGAAGUCCACUGUGUGCCCUUCUGCGAGCUUGUUUACCCACUGUUCCUACAUUGGUGGACACUUCUAUCGAUCAUUAUCAGUGGCGGAACUCCAUAAAUACUUCUCCGGGUAUGUUCUCAUCCUCCUUGACUUGGGAACGCCUUCAUCCGCUAGGCACUCUUAUCUCGUGGAAAUCUGCUGUUUGGUUUGUAAAUCACAUCCCGAAACAUGCUUUUUUUGCAUUGGAUUGUUAUGAGAGACAGACUAGUCACAAGAGAUCGCAUUAUCAGUUGGGGCUUAACAACAGAUCACGCUUGCUUGUUGUGCACAGGAAAUAG